AUGUUUCAAAGAUGCCGGCUGCAGCGGGCCCUGAGCCGCUGCCCCCAGCUGUUCCACGUGCCGCGGAAGAGGCUGGAGGCGGCGGGGCGGCUGGUGCGGGAGCGCUGCCUGUUCACGGCGGGGCAGCUGCGGGAAGUGCUGGGGACCUGCCCCGCCGUCCUGCUGGAGGAGCACCGCACCCUCCAUCACCAGUUCCAGUACGCCUACUUCAGAAUGGGGGUCCGGCAGAAGGCCAUGGUGGACGCUCGGCUCUUCCAAAUGCCCUUUGCCGAGCUCCGGAAUCGGCACAUCUUCCUGGAGCGCCGGGGGCUCUACGAGACCCCACACAAAGGGCAGACCCAAACUAGCAACCCAAAACUGAAGGACAUCGUUCAGCUCUCGGAGAAAGACUUCCUGGCCAGUCUGGCCUGCUCUACCCCAGAGGAGUAUGAGGUCUUCAAGAAGCUGCUGGCUCGAGAGGAUGAGGAGAAGGAAGAGGAGGAUGUGCAUGCGCUGUACACAGAGGAUGAUGGUGAUGAUGAUGAUGAUGAUGAUUUCGACAGUGAUGAAAGUAAAACAGCCCAGGAGUGAGGAGGUGAGGCUCUGAAGCGGCCGAGCCCUCCCCUGCUGCUGCACUCUCUGGGCUCUUGGGGUGAUACCCCAGGAGUGGGGUAUCAAUAAAUCCCAUCUCUCAAAUACAACAGUCAUUCCUCCUUCUUGACCAACUACUUUUUAAAAAAGGCA